GAUGGCGCCAAUUCGAAGUAUGGUUGUGGAGCAGAGUACGUGGUGUGGCGCAUCGGAGAAAGUGGGGAGCCUUCUCCGCCCCUGCCUUCUUUGCCAUUUCUUUCUCAAUUCCAUUUCCCCAUUUCCCAUUUCCCAUUUUUUUAUUUUCUUUCCCGUAGAUUCUCGGAAUCUCUCCCUCUCUUCUUGUUUUUGUUAUUGUUCCUUCCGUUCCCUAGGCUGUCUCAUCAUCAACAACGAAACCCUGAUUCAGAUUUCACCACCCUUCAGUUGGUUCAAACCCUGAGAAGAACCAUCAUCAUUUUACUGUUUGGUUCAACGUCUUCUCGCGGUUUUCCCGGGCUGCAAUGGCGAUUUGUAUACCUGUUGGAAGCUGCAAACUGUUCUGCAGGGCGGUGGAGUUGAAGGGGCAAGGUUUUAGGAGAGCCCAAUGGGACGCUAGCAUAGCUUUCAAAAGAUGCUUUCAGGACGAGCUUUCACGAUCAUGUAGGUUGAAUAAGUUCUCACAUCUGCAAAGAAACAAUAUUUCCCAACCUACAAUUAAUGAGAAAUGGAGAACUAUUGCGACAGUCACUUCAUCGUGCUUGAGUGACGGUUCAACAAAGUAUUUUGAUUUUGUUGUUAUUGGUAGUGGAGUUGCUGGCCUCCGUUACGCUCUUGAAGUUGCAAAGCAUGGAUCCGUAGCCGUGAUCACUAAGGCUGAGCCUCAUGAGAGCAACACCAAUUAUGCUCAAGGUGGUGUUAGUGCCGUUCUUUGUCCUUCAGACUCUGUUGAAAGUCAUGUGCAGGACACCAUCGUAGCUGGGGCUCAUCUGUGCGACGAGGAGACAGUUAGAGUUGUAUGUACAGAAGGGCCUGACAGAAUCAAAGAGUUGAUUGCUAUGGGUGCGUCAUUUGAUCAUGGGGAAGAUGGUAACUUACACCUAGCAAGGGAAGGGGGGCACUCUCAUCGUAGGAUUGUUCAUGCUGCUGAUAUGACUGGAAGGGAAAUUGAGCGGGCUCUUUUGGAGGCGGUUGUUCGGGAUCCCAACAUUUUUGUGUUUGAGCACCAUUUUGCAAUUGACUUGCUAACUUCCGAGGAUGGUUCUGAAAUAGAUUGUCUUGGUGUUGAUACUUUGAAUGCUGAAACACUGGAGGUAACACGGUUUAUUUCAAAGGUAACUUUACUCGCAUCAGGUGGAGCUGGACAUAUGUAUCCAUCAACAACAAAUCCCCCGGUUGCCACAGGAGAUGGAAUCGCCAUGGCUCAUCGAGCUCAAGCUGUAGUUUCCAACAUGGAAUUUGUGCAGUUCCACCCAACUGCCUUAGCUGAUGAAGGCCUUCCGGUCAGACCAAACAAGCCGAGAGAGAACGCUUUUCUUAUAACCGAAGCUGUUAGGGGUGAUGGAGGUAUUCUGUACAAUUUAAGUAUGGAAAGAUUUAUGCCGUUGUACGAUGAGAGAGCUGAGCUCGCUCCUAGAGAUGUUGUAGCUAGAAGUAUAGAUGAUCAGCUGAAAAAACGAAAUGAGAAGUAUGUGCUACUUGAUAUUAGUCACAAACCCAGGGAAAACGUUCUCUCCCAUUUCCCCAACAUUGCUGCUGAGUGCCUCAAGUAUGGUUUGGACAUUACACACCAGCCGAUUCCGGUGGUUCCAGCUGCUCAUUACAUGUGUGGAGGUGUACGAGCUGGGCUUCAGGGUGAGACUAAUGUGCGGGGUCUGUACGUUGCAGGCGAGGUUGCGUGCACGGGAUUACACGGAGCCAACCGCUUAGCUAGCAACUCGUUGCUCGAAGCUCUAGUUUUUGCACGAAGGGCAGUUGAGCCCUCGGUUGAUCAUAUGAAGGGCUCAAGUCUUGAUUCAGGUGCAUUGAAUAGGUGGGCUAGACCUCUCGUGCCCAUGUCCCGAGGAAACGAUUUCAUGGGCAGAAUUAUAUCAAUGACAAAAGAUGUGAGGAAACAGUUACAACUAAUCAUGUGGAAGUAUGUCGGAAUCGUUCGGUCGACCACCAGGCUCGAGAGGGCGGAGCAGAAGAUCGGUGAGCUAGAAGCAACAUGGGAAGAGUACUUGUUUCAUCAAGGAUGGGAGCCAACCAUGGUGGCUCUGGAGGUUUGUGAGAUGAGGAACCUGUUUUGCUGUGCGAAACUGGUCGUAAGCAGCGCCCUCGCUCGGCAAGAAAGUCGGGGACUUCAUUACACGAUCGAUUUUCCACAUCUUGAGGAGAGUAAGAGGCUUCCGACCAUCAUAUUUCCUUGUUCACCCACCAAGAGUACAUGGAGCUCAAGGCAGCUCCAUUGGCAGCCUGUGUUGUAGUAAAAUAAUGUCUCUGCUUAUGGCAAAUCUGGUCCUCUGUCAAAACGUUUGUAUUUAUAGGACAGAAUUAUCAUUCUUUUGUGUAGUCUCAUAAGCCUAAGGCUACAUAUAUUGUCUUGUGUGCACCUUAGCAGUAUUAUUUGCAUACAAGUGUUCUAUUAUUCAAAAGGUUUAGCUUUUUAUUUUCUUUCCAUAAGCAUAUUUUUAGUAUU